AUGGCAUCCAAGGAUGAUGACGGCGGUGGUGCUUCCCGGGCCGCCGGAUCCGACGACUGCGGCUAUGGGUGCUGCAUGAUAGGGGUGCUCAUCUACUGGUCCUUAUGGGUCGUCUUCGUGGCCCUGCCGCCGAUCGACAUCGACGCACUGCUGCCUGGGCUCCGAGAGCUUGACGGCUCUCCAUGCGCCCACGACAAGCCGACGACGUGCUCCGUGGAGUUUCUCGGCGCCAGGGGGCUCGAGCCGGCGCUGGCCCCGGGCGCGGCAUCCCCGGCCUUCGACCUCGUCGUGCACGUCGCCAACGGACACUUCUACGAGCUGCGCCACGGCGGCGGCGACGUCGUCGUCUCGUACGCCGGCGUCCCGCUCGCGCGCGGGCGCACGCCCGGCUUCCGGCUGCCGGCGGGAGAGGCGGGGCGGUGGGCGGUUAACGCGACGAGCGCGGGGCUGGGGAUGCCCGCGGAUCUGGGUCGGCUGAUGGCGGCGGAGCGGAGGUGGGGCGUGGCGCAGCUGGAGAUCGACGUGGGCGUCGCAUGGCAGUCCUUCACCUGCGACGCUUUGGUCGAUGGGCAGCCCAGCUCGUCAGCAUGCAGGCUAGCUUAG